GAUUGUGCCGAAGAGGAGUCUUAUGAUCAGUUUUUGGAAUGGAGGUAUUUGUUUCUUAUCAUCCAUAUGAUGGAGAUCUACCUAAAUGUCGAACAGUAAAUUUCAGCAGUCAAUUUAGAACCAUUCUUGUUUUAAUAGCUUUGUCAAGUUGCCUAACUAUAUCAUCUGUCUUUGCUGUGAAUGUUGAUACUGCAGUUAAAAGAAGUCCACCUGGUUUGAAUUCCCCAAGUAAAGUUUGGUGGGCGAAAGAAAUUACACCAGAUUUUCAUGUUGCUGGAAGGCUGACUGAAAGGCAAAUCAAAUAUGCAUCAGAGGCAGGCUUUAGAAGUAUUCUUUCCUUGUUUGUGUAUGAGACUGAUGACUUUGGUAGUUUUGGUGGAGAGUAUUUACCAACAACUGCCGAAGCCUGGGCUGCUGCCCAUAAAGCUAGCUUACAGUAUGUUGCUUUGAUUGGUGCUAAUGAUGACUGGGGCAGUGUGGAUACUGUUCGAAAAUUUUCAGAUGUCCUCCCUAAGUUACGAAGACCAAUCUUGUUACAUUGUGAUAGAGGAUAUACCAUUACAUUUGUGACCCUGAUGUACAUGGCUAAUGAGACACGCUACAAUGCCAGUUUCGAGCCAAAGAUUCGUAGUGAAGAGUUUUAUAAGAUUACAGCAGCGAUGGGAUUAGACUUCACACAUGAUGAUCUUAAGGAGGUAGUUGCAAACAUAACUGGUGAAGAAGUUGUUAAAAAUCCCCCAAAGCACAAUUGUCAACCAGAGGAAUGGUUAGAUUUUUGGUUAGCACAUCCUGUUUCUAAAAACUGGUAUGUUGCUGGGCAAAUUCGAAAAUGUGAUGUAAAAUCAUUAGAGGCAACUGGAUUUAAAGCUAUUGUCAAUAUGAGACUAGGGGUGACUCACAAUGGUAAGGUAUCACAAGAGCCUGUUGCUCUGUUGAAUAUCAAAGAUGGUAGCUCUACCUACGGAAAUGAUUCUACACCACCACGGCAGGACCUGAGUACACUAAAUAAAGAUAAAAUCAACAGACAUCAUAGCUCAGAUUAUAUCGGUGAAAAAUCAAAAAUGAACUAUGAAAUUGAGAAUCCAUCAGAAUUUGGUGAUGAUAUUGGCUAUAAUGAACAGUUAGAAAAAGAUUUUGUUGGAAAAUCUUCACUGAAAUACUAUCACAUUCCAAUUUCACCUGAUACCAAUUUUACAUCAGAAACAUUUCUGCAGGUUAAAGAUACUUUACUAGAAGCAGGGCAAAAUGGUCCUGUGUUACUGCAUUGUCGAGAUGGUAGGCGUGUAGCUUACUUUGGAGUUUUAGCAGCAGCAUUACAAGGUGGCCUUGACUUAGAGUGGGCUUUGAAAAGAGUUCAAGAGCUUGGCUUUGAGGUUAGUAAAGAUGUUCGGCCAGACGUGUAUAAGAUGUACUGUGAAUCUCUUAACACACGGAAAACAGAUAUGAAAGAAGAGUUGUGAUACAGUAGUCAACAUAAUACUUACUAUACAGCUUAUACCAAAUUUUAACAUUUCAGUUUUGUUGUUUAACUCGACUUUUUUUUUUUGAAAAAAAAAAGUAGAGGUAUUGUUAUAGUCCUGGCGGCAUUGCCAUUGCCAUAGCCGUCUGCAAACUUGUACCUGGAUCAUAACUUUUGAAGUUCUUGGUGUAUUUAUUCAUACUUGGCCACAACAACCCUUGGGACAAGACCUUUUAGUAGACCAGACUAACCUUGACCUUCAUCCAUAAAUGACUUUGACCUUCAAGGUCAAAUGUCCAAAUUUU